AGCUAUCAUCAGUCUAUCUCGAGUUGUUCGAGUGCAAGCAACGCGAAUUCGAAGACACAAGCAUGGCUCGCAUCGUAGCUUUCCUCCUCCUCAUCGUGGCAGUCGCUACAAUCAGUGCUGCGCCUAAUUGCGGUGAGAACGAAGUAUUUAAUAGCUGUGGUACAUCGUGCCCAAGCACCUGUCAAAAUCCAACGCCUAGUAUCUGUACACUGGCAUGUAUACCUGGAUGCGACUGCGCGGAAGGAUAUGUAAGAGAUGCGCAAAACAGAUGUAUACUUCUACAAUAUUGUUAAUCAUUCAGAAAGCAUGAUUUUCAAACGGGAACAUUUUGUAUUAUCUAAAAUGAUACGUAAAUCCAAUCAGCAUUAAAAGUCUUUUCGUAGAUUAGUAAGCUUGCAGACUUGUAGUUGUACUACACUAAUCUAAACAAUUGUAUUAUGAGUUACAUUUAUUUGAAUUGUUUAAUUUUGUAAAACCAACAUUGCGUUUCAUAUUUUUAAUAAAAUAUAUUCAAGAA